GUUUAGGAAACCGGAAGUUGUAUUAUAAAACGUCGCGCUUCACACCCAUCUGUUUUCAUCUCGUAACGAAAGACUGCAUCAGGCCUGCAGGUGACAUCUCCACUUAGGUCAUGCUUAAGGCAGUAGGACAAGUUUUAUUCUCGAGUGGGCUGCAGAAUCCCAAAUUCACAGCCGCAGAGAAGCAGGGACAGGACUAUGAAAUCCGUACAUAUCAUGCUACAAAGUGGGUUAGCACCUCCUUAACUGGGAUGGAGUGGGAUGCAGCCAUGGGCACUGGUUUUAAGAGACUUUUCAAAUACAUUGGAGGCACCAACCAGAACAAGGUGAAGGUGGAGAUGACGGCUCCUGUGUCCUGUUUUGUGGAGCCUGGAGAGGGGCCGACCUGUGAGUCCAAGUUCACUGUGUCAUUCUACAUCCCAGAGGAGCAUCAGGCCUCGCCCCCCGAGCCCACCGACCCGGAUUUGUUCAUCGAGCACAGGAAGGAGUUCACUGCUUAUGUCAGGACCCAUGGAGGUUUUUCCAAUGAGCAAAUGAAGCGUGAUGAGCUCCUGAAACUGGUGGAGAGCCUGAAGAGAGAUGGGGUGGAGUUUGUGGACCAGCCAUUUUAUGUGGCAGGUUACGACAGUCCAUUCAAACUGACCAACCGCAGAAAUGAGGUCUGGAUCCUUCAAAAGAAGCCUGAGUAGUGAGAUUAACAAAAUCAAAAAAGUGUGCACUAAAUAAUUUCAUAAUAAUUACUUGAGAUUUGUAUGUAGCUGACUAAAGGGAUAUUACUUGAGUUACUUAAUCAUGAUUCCAGUUUAAAAGGUCACACUAAGCAACUAUAUGCAGCAUGUUUACCGUCUACUUUUGCAAUAAAUUACUGCUACAGUGAGAAAAUUAUACAUAGAGCAGGGAACAACCACAAGUGCCCUUAUACUAAGGCAGCAUUACUGUUUUUUGAUUUAGUGUAUUACAGGUUUGCCAAAUAUAUAGGGAAAACUAAUUACUGAAUGUAAACACCUCUGGAUGCCUUUCAGUACCAUCAGCUUUCCUACUGUUUGAUGUAUUUGUUUCUCAUUUUGUGCUCCCAUUUAUAAUAACUAAAAUGUUUUAUUUUUAAAGUAUUUCUUUUCUUAGCAACAUCAUGAGCUGCUGCUUAUCCAAACUCAAAAUACCCAGCUUUUUUAAGUUGUUUUGACAAAUGUUUUGAAGUCUUGCUAUUUUAUAUUGCAUUUUAAACAGUUGUGAAACUUUAAAAUUGUAAGUUACAAAUGUUUAAAGGGAAAAAUCACUAUGAUGUAUUUCUAUAAGAAUAACAUGAAAAACAUAAAUGUGUUUAUAAAUCUAUAAUAAUACGUUUUUGCCUUCCUUCUUUUUUCCAACACAGCAUCUGCCUUCUGUUUGAUCCACACUGACACAAUCACCUCCGUUUAUACAGGAUUGGGAGCAGUACAAUGAGUAGGGAUGGGUAUCAUUAAGAAGUUGCCAAUACGAUACAUAUCUUGAUAUAGUGUACUUUCAGUUCAAUAUGAUAUAUUUCAAAUCGAUUCGAUAUGGUUCAGUAAAAAAUAAUAGCUAAAUCAUGGCUGUGAUAAUAAAAGUCUUUGUUAAACCCCU